AUGAAAUAUGACAAUCCUAGAUGUUUAACAAGUGAACUUUUCACUUGUAAAACACUUCAGUUGUUAAACCUGGAUAGCUCCAUUAUCAUCAAGCCGAAGUUAGUUCAUUUACCAAAUCUAAAGAUCUUACGUCUUUUCGGAGUAGAAUUAACAGAUGAUGGUUCCAUACCACAGAUCCUUGCUGGUUGUCCUAAGCUUGAGCAUCUGCACAUGUGUGGUUGCCAAUUGCAUGGAAUUCAAGUUCUUGAUAUUUCAACUCCUUCCCUGAAGGGCUUAGAAUUUUUCAAUUGUUACGGUGCAUUCGGACUCGUCAUUGAUACCCCAAAUCUUGAGGACCUGUGCUAUGUUGAUUUUUUAAAUAGAGAUCCAUUGGUGAAAAAUCUGAAGUCAUUGGUAAAAGCUUAUUUGUUUCCUUACUCUGUAACUCUACAAAACACAGAUGAUGCAUGCUUAUGUGGGGAUCAUGUGUCUAAGUUCCUGAAUGCAAUGGAUAACACCAAGUCUCUUACUCUCCUAACUGUUUGCUUGGAGGGUCUCCUUCAUUCCAGCUGUUCAAUCCCCAAAUUCCAAAAUUUGACCCAUAUGAAGCUAGUGCCACGCCAUAACUGUCAUUGGGAAUUGCUACCAAUCCUACUUCACAGUACACCCAAUCUAAAAACUUUGGCUCUUGAUAUGGAAUUUCCAGACAAUGAUAUUCGCCAAUGGCCCAAGUUUCCUGUAACGCAGAAUCGGCCCAUCUGCUUGGCUCAGUACCUCAGGACGGUGGAUAUUUUCAAUUUCAAAGGGAUGCAGUUUGAACUUGAUUUGCUAAGCUAUCUUCUGCAGUAUGGACAAGUACUGGAGAAGAUAAACUUAAAUUUUUCACAGAAUAAUGGAUUCUCAAACUGGUCGGAUGCAGUUAGGAAGAUAUCAGCACUCCCAAAAAAAUCAAGGACAUGCCAGCUGGAAUUUCUUUGUACGAGCAAAAAUACAUUUUGCAAGCCUGUAUGCUUGACAUCCAUGAGAAGUUGAAUAUGGGUUAGCAGUGGGACUUAAUUUCUGUGAAGAGCAACUGAGAUCAGAGUUAUUCUUGACAAGGGUUCUCUGCCUGCCGUGAAUAUUGCUAUUUCAUCUUGUUGAUUCUGCCAUGGUCUGGCAUUCUAGCUGUGGAUUUGUAAGUACUAGCAAAUAGAUUUGCGAUUUAGCUACUCUGUUUACGCAACCUGCUUUCUGUCUUGUGCAAUGUUGCAAUCCUAUAAGGCUGAUAAAUUCAGUAACUGUUGGUAUGGGUAAGGCAAUGCAAAUGACACGUGCUUCGCCCUACCGUAGUUUGUAAUGCCUAGCUAUUGAAAUGACUAGUUUGUUACCUUUGUAUUGACUGGUUUUGCUAGUUU